AUUCCAAACAUGGAGUGCGUCCGCAUCGUAGAGUCUCUGGACACGCACGGGAAAGAGAGAGAAAUUUUUUUUUAUUUUAAAUAAGGCAGAGUGAAAAAGAAAAGAAGAGAUUUCUGGAGAGAAGAAAAAUGGAAGGCAGAGGAGGGUGUUGCAUAGCGAGAUAUGCAUCUUCUGGCCAUGGGGUCUAUGAUAUGUCGAAAGUGCACCGGAUAAUGCUCCGGUUCCGACCGAUCGCUCCGAAACCGGCAACGGGUGGAUCGGUUUCCCCACAGGGAAGUAGUGAGGUUUGUUCUAAGCCGGGGAGAGGAAAAAGAAGACUCUCUAAAGAAAGUAACACUGUGAGUAAUACAAAGAGGUGCAACAAGAAAAGAAGGGUUUUGAACGAAGAGAAGAGGGUUACUUUGCCACUUCUACCUGAAACCCCUGACUGCAAAGAAGAGUCUAUUCUGAAGCAGCAAAAGGAUGGAGUAGUCCAAAAGAUGAUGCCGUUUUGGUUAAGCUUCGGUGAAGCUGGUGAUAAAAAGGAGGAUUUUCUCGGUGGUGGUGGUGGUGGUGGUGUACGGUCAGCAGAUCAGGAGGUGUUUAUGGGAGGGCAGACGGUGAGAGUGGGGUCGUGCGUGACGGUGGAAUGCGUUACAGAGACAUGGGUGAGUGGGGAUGGGCUAGGGAGUACAGACGAGGAAAAGAAGGUGAAUCUCGGGAGGGACACGUGUCCGGGGUUUAUAUCGGAUGGGUUGGGGAGGGUAACGUGGACAAACGAGGCGUAUAAGGAAAUGGUUGGAGGGGAAACGUUGGUGUGGUUGGUGAUGAAGGAAAGGAUGCCGAUGACGACAACGUACCCGGCGUUUACAUGCAAGGUAAGGGUGCAAUACACGUGCGGGAAGGAGCGGAGUUCCUUGACGCUGCCUUGCGACGUUUGGCGCAUGGACGGCGGUGGAUUUGCAUGGAGGCUCGAUAUCAACGCCGCUCUUUGCUUGGGCCGGUGAAAUUAUAAAAAAUAAAUAAAUCCUUCUAUCGCUUCACUGAGCUUUCUAUUUGCAUCAACUUUCCUUUUAAAUUGUAAAUAUUUUAUGGGAGCUUGCCUGUUUUUAUUUUCUUUCUUUCUUUGUUUCCGACUGGAUCUGGAGUGUUUGGUUUUGAGAUGCAAAAAGCAUUUGAAAAGGAACUCGAAGUAGUCAGAUUUUGAUGUAUUUAUUAUUAUUGUAGAUGGUUUUAUGGCACUUCUUCAGUUCUCAUGUGCUUAA